CUGGACACACAUCCUAAAAUAUCUAUUUGAAUCUCCAAUCUGUACCAUCAAUAAUCCUCAUCCAAUAAUCAAUCUACUCCAUAUGCAAUCAACACAAAAUAAUAAUAUAUCAGAAUCAUAUAUAUAUAUAUAUAUAUAUAUAUAUAAAAGAUCCUGUUUCUCGAGCUUUCUGUGCCUUAUAGCGUUUUGGGAGAGAGAGCUGUUGAUUCCUCCCAACACUUCCUUCCCUCAAACCAUGCUAAGUUACGUGUUUUAGUCCACAAACAUGUAGUCCUAAUCCUGUAAUCACAUAUAUAGAGAGUGUUCUAAAGACACAUUUAAAGGUGUUGAUUCUGAUUAAUUCGUCGACAAGAAGUAAUUUGGAUAUCUAGGUAGGUGCAUACACGCAUAUAUAUAUAUAUUGUUGUGUUGGGUUCAAGAAUGGCAGCUGGAGAAGAGAAGAGCAACGAUUUCUAUGCUGUUUUGGGGUUGAAAAAGGAAUGCUCUGCCGCGGAGCUCAGGAGUGCUUACAAGAAGCUAGCAAUGAGAUGGCACCCAGAUCGUUGCUCAGCGUCGGGAAAUUCUAAGUACGAAGAGGAGGCUAAGAAGAAAUUUCAGGCCAUUCAAGAAGCCUAUUCGGUUCUUUCGGACGCAAAUAAAAGGUUUAUGUACGACGUAGGAGUCUACGACACCGAUGAUGACGAAAAUGGAAUGGGUGAUUUUUUGGAUGAAAUGGCAGCUAUGAUGUGCCAAAACAAAGCCAAUGGAAAUGAGGGGGAGAGUUUUGAGGAAUUGCAAGAGAUAUUUGAAGAAAUGUUUCAAAGAGACAUUGAGGCAUCAUUCAGUUCUACCUCUCAAACUGUAACCACUUCUUCUUGUACUUCUUCUUCCUAUACCUUUUGCAGCGAAAGCUCUAAUGCCACCAGUAAGCGUAAUUCAUUUGAAAUGAACUUGGGAAAGUCCAAGGUUGAAGACUCUUCUAGCUUUGAUGCUCACUUUGGCGGAUUUUGCUUAGGAGAUGGAACAUCCUCGGGAAAAAUCCAGGGGGGGAAAAGGAGGAAACAGAGGGAGUCCAGGAGGGGUCGGAAUAGCUAGACAGAGGACUAGCGGUGAACAGAGAACAAAAUGUUUCGGCCACCCAUGAUGUGUUUUCCAGUGACCGUUUUAGGGUAUCGGCUUGAUGCUGCAACGGUCACUGAGAUGAAGAUGCAUAAUACCUAGCUGAAACAGUAUCAAUGGAAUUAGGCAUUUGUUCCAGCAAUGUCAACAUCUUGUUUUGUGCUGGGAUAGAGUGGAGCUUGUAUUAAGAACAUUAGGCUCAUGUUGAACAAUUUUCGGGUGGCUGUGACACUGUUCUUCAAUUGCAAUGUCUUUGCUUCCAUGUGUUCCUCUCCCUCUAAAUGCCAGGUUCUAGUUUCUUUCCAA